AUGGCGGUGUAUUUUGACCACCGUAUUGAGGCCCCUGAAAGCAGUGCUGUACCCUCUCAGUUGACCUGGCACUUGGCUCUUCCUGUAUUGGCUGUGGCCUCAAGCAGCCCCGCCACUGGAGGCAAUGUAGACCUCUACCUGCAGCAGGGAGAGUAUGUGGAGAGCUGCCAUGUAGAACGUCCAUACCAACCCACAGUACUGCGCUGGCAUCCCACAAAGCCAGUGUUGGCACUUGGCUGGGAGAAAGGAGAGGUAGUGCUGCUGACAUACCCCUCUGGAGAUCAAACAGUCCUUCCCAGCACACAUACAGCCUACAUCACACUGCUGGAGUGGAGCAGCUCUGGCAGCCGCUUGGUGAGCGGGGAUCAGACUGGAGCUCUAGCUGUAUGGAAGGUUGAUGCUAGAGGGAGACUUCAAGGAAACCAUCUAGUGAAGCAUGAAUACAACAAACCUUUAACUUGCUGCAUCUUCAGACCUACCUCACCUGGGGAUGACGUGGCGAUGCUAGCACGGGCAUCAGUGAGUGGAGAUGAGAGUGCUCUGGAUAUGUUCAGCUGGAAGGGAGCGCCUCUCAAAAUGGGCCCACAGGAGGGACUUGCGUUCUAUGUCAGCACUGUAGAUGGUAAGGUCCACAGUGUGGAUGAGCACUGUAAGACAAGCACACUUCUCAGUGUGGAGGGUUCAAUCAAGAAACUGUUCUACCUUGAGAAAAGAGAGGCCCUCGCUGUGAUCACAGAGACCCUGAUGCUGUCACAAUACACUCUGGGAUCUGAGGGAGGAGCCCAGGAAUUCAUGAAGGUGAAGUUGAGCAGCAAAUCUGGACAGAAUGUAGACAUUGUCUGGACAGAUAACAGCCUCCUCAUCACAGCAACAGGGGAACAGACUGUCAGGCUGUGGGACCUAGAGCGAGAUGACAACUAUGUUUUGUCACUGGACGAAAGACUGGGGUUUGAGAGAGGAGAGCUGAUCAACUGUGUUUCAUACUGUACAGGAAAAGAAAUCCUGGCAGCUGGCACAAGCCAUGGGCGCAUCGCAUUGUGGAGGAUGGUGGCGCAGCCAGUUGGUAGCAAAGGUGACACCAAGGUGCAGUGGAAGCUACAGACACCCACUGAAAUACAGGGAAAUGUCACUCAGCUACAGUGGGGCUCCAGCAUUAAUCUGCUGGCAGCCAACAACUCAAACACAGUCCUGAUCCUUUGUGAGCAUGUGAUGUCAGCCCACUUCAGCCAGCAGGUGGCAGCAGUGCAGCUUACCCCAACCCAGCUCAGCAUUGCUCAGUUCACCACAGGAGUGAACCUUGCUCUGCAGUCUGACAUACACAUCAAGGGAGUGUGUGUGACCAAGGACUCAGUGACAGUGUGGAGUGGCAAGCAGGUCACUGUGUAUGAGGUUUCAGGGACAGUUCUACGCAAUACAGGAUCGUUUCCUUGUGACUCCCAUGUAGUAGCUGUACAUGGUGAGAACCUCUACACAGUGGAACCUAACAGGGUUCAGAUUCGCACACCACAGGGCACCGUGAAGCAACUGCUUACUUUCUCCAAGGCAGAGGGCAACCCUGUCCUACUCAGUGUGUGUCAGUCUUACCUGGUUGUGGGCACAGACACAGCACACAUCAGAGUCUUUGACCUCUCCCGAAGAGAUGCCAAAGCUCACUGCAGUGCUAAGAACCUGGCUGACCAGAUUGCUAGUCUGGGAGCCUUGAGGUCAAUCAAGUGUAACGCCAAUGGCAGCCAAGUCAGCAUCCUAAUCUCUCAGGUUAAUGGGCGACCUGAUCACAAAGUGUACUUUUAUGACGUUGAGAUGGACACUGUGACACAUUUCGACUUCUUCAUUGGCAGACCGUCAAGCGGUAUCUCACAUCCUGACGACGGUGAAAGGCAGCAGUUUCAGGGGACAGAGCUCAGUGGUCGGUGCCCUGUAUCUCACUUCUGGGAUGAGAGCGAACCUCGUCUUUUUGUUUGUGAGACGGUGCCGAUAAGCUCUGAAUCAUCAUCUGCUAGUUACUUGGAUAUGGUGGACAUGUCAGUGGUGACACUCUUCUGUACGCAGGAGCAUGGUUUACUCCUACAGGACUGCUACCCCAAACCGACAGGCCUGCAGGCCCUUCUCGCUCUGGAUGUGCCCUUUUAUUAUUUCAGCUGCAAGCCUGGUGAGAGGGAUCCAGGUUCAACAGAGGUUUCAGCCACAACAUCAGCACCUCCACACCAGACCCAGCCGUCAAGAGGGACGCCUGCCAAGUUCCCUCCUAUGGUGUCCAGACGAGCUCUCAGGGACUUUGUGGGCCUGGAGAACUGUGAGAAGGCCACCCGUGAUGCCAUGCUCAACUUCAGCUUCUACCUGACAAUCGGUGAUAUGGAUGAAGCCUUCAAGUCUAUCAAGCUCAUCAAAAGGUAG